AUGGACGCAACUCUGCAAAAGGCGCUCCUGGAUCGCGUCUACGACAAGCGCAAGGCGGCCACCCUCGACCUCGAACGACAAGUGCGCGAAUGUCUCGCCAAGGGGGACCGAGCCAGGGUCAAUCUCAUCGUUCAACAACUCUGCUCAUUCCUCUCAGCCUCGCCGCAGAACGUCAAUGCUCGCAAUGGUGGCCUCAUCGGUCUCGCCGGCAUUGCCAUCGCUCUCGGGGUCGAGAUCGCUCCCUUCCUCGAGCAGAUUGCCAAACCCGUCUUGGCUUGCUUCAACGACCCAGAUAGCAAGAUUCGCUACUUUGCUUGCGAGAGCUUCUACAACAUUGCCAAGGUGUGCAAGGGCGAGAUCUUGGUCUACUUCAACGAGACAUUUGAUGCGCUGUCCAAACUAGCAGCCGACUCGGAGCUCAGUGUCAAGAACGGUGCCGAGCUGCUGGACCGCCUGCUGAAAGACAUUGUCUGCGAAGCGGCACCACACUACGUCUCACAGUUUCAGGACGUCUCACUGAUUCGCGCGCAUCAAGAUGCCCAGGAGGGCUUCGCUGGCGGAGCUGCCGAGCUCGACGUUGCUCGCGAGAAAGCGCAUCAGAUCGACGAAGAAGGCGCCGCCAGCAACAAGGUCUUUUCGCUAGCACGCUUCAUUCCACUGCUAUCCGAGCGGAUGUAUGUGCUCAGUCCGUUCACUCGCAACUACCUCGUCAGCUGGAUCACGGUGCUCGGCUCUGUGCCUGAGCUUGAGCUGGUCAGCUACCUCCCCUCUUUCCUCGACGGCUUGCUCAAGUACCUCAGUGAUCCGAACACCGAUGUCCGUGUCGCCACGGCUAAUGUGCUUGCCGACUUCUUGCCCGAGAUUCGACAUGCCGCAGAACUUGCCUCGCGGAGACACGCGUUCGAGCAGCAUCGUGCCGAACGACAGGAGCACAAGAGGCGAAAGGGAAAGCAGCGCGAUUCUGGUACUGCGAUUGACGGCCUGCCCGCCACAGUGGGAGCUGUAGAAGAACUGGAGGUGCAACCGAGGAGCGCGAGUCCGAGCAAGUCGAUGCGAUCAUCAUCUCAAGCAACGUCGACAAGACUGCGAAUGGAAGGCGGAACAUCGCCAGCACCACCGCAACGUUCCAGUCAAGAGGCAGAGCGGGAGUCAACCUCAAAGCAAGAGGAUCAGUCUGCAGCUGAUGACGACGCGCAAGACGAAGAAGACGAAGAGGAGGACAUCUGGGUGGAAGGCACCGAAGUGCGCAUCGACUACGCCGCCAUUGUGGAGAUCCUGAUCAACCAUAUCGGCUACCCAGACGAGGAGAUCCAGGCCACUACGCUUCAGUGGAUCGCAGAGUUCCUGCUCGUGGUCAAGGAUGUCGUUGUGCCCUUCACGCCUCGCUUGAUCUCGGCUAUUCUACCAAGCUUGGCUCACCACAGUCCUGCUAUCGCCAGUGCAGCCCACGCAACCAACGUCAAUCUGUACAGGGUCAUCCAAGACAUUCCUGUCGCUACGGCACCACCAAAUGCAAAAGCUGCCGUGACAUCGGCAGGUGUGUCACAUGGCCAGAGGCAGACAACUGCAAUUGCAACCCCAUACAAGAUCAACACGGGCAGCCCAACGCAGCACAGCAACGUGAGCAGGCAUGCAUCCGUCUCUCGACCCCCUGCCACGACCGCUUCAAUGUCCAUGUCAGCAUCGACGUCAGGACCACUCACUCCACGAUCACGGGCCGGUACAAUGAGUGGCGAGCCUGUAGCCAGCUUCGCUGCUCUCGGUCUCUCCGACAAUGCAGGCAACGAUGAUCAGAUGACGCCGUCGAACAGCAAUGGUGUUGAACCCACACCGGUCGAAGCUGACCCCUUUGACUACCAGACAACGGUCAACGCGCUGACUCUGCAGCUGCUCGACGAGCACGAAGAGACCCGAGUUACGGCCCUGGAAUGGCUCCUCAUGUUGCACCGCAAAAGUCCGCGCAAGAUCCUAUCGAUGGACGACGGCACCUUCCCUGCGCUGCUCAAGACGCUGUCGGACCCGUCUGACGAGGUGAUUCGCUGCGACCUCCGUCUACUCGCACAGAUCAGCUCCGCGUCCGAGGACUCGUACUUCCACGCGUUCAUGGCGAACCUGCUCAGCCUCUUCAGCACGGAUCGUCGACUUCUGGAAACACGCGGGUCGCUGAUCAUUCGUCAGCUCUGCGCCUCCUUGCACACCGAACGCAUCUUCCGCACGCUCGCAGAAAUCCUCGAGAAGGACGAAGACCUCGAAUUCGCCAGCAUCAUGGUCCAAAACCUCGCCAUCAUCCUCAUCACCUCCCCCGAGCUAUCCGACUUUCGCAAGAAGCUCCGGAACCUCGAUUCCCGAGAAGGUCAGCAGCUGUUCGCAUCCAUCUACCGGUGCUGGUGCCACAACGCCGUGGCCGCCUUUUCGCUGUGUCUGCUGGCGCAGGCGUACGAACACGCAAGCAACUUGCUGACGAUCUUUGCGGAGCUCGAGAUCACUGUCUCGCUGCUGAUUCAGAUCGACAAGCUGGUGCAGCUGCUCGAGUCGCCCAUCUUUACGGCGUUGCGGUUGCAGCUGUUGGAGCCGGAACGGUAUCCGUGGUUGUUCAAGUGUUUGUAUGGGGUGCUGAUGCUCUUGCCCCAGAGUUCGGCGUUUGUGACGCUGAGGAACAGGUUAAAUGCGGUGAAUGGGCUAGGGUUCUUGCAUUCGGUGCCGAGGUCGAGCUAUGCGGUGAGGACGGGGGGCAAGACGGGUUCGAGUGCUGGGAGUGCAUCGACGGGCGGGGUUGGAGGGACUGCAGCUGGAACGGGGGGCACAGCGUCGAUGGCAGAGAUCAAAUGGGGCGAUCUGCUGCAUCACUUCCGCGUGGUUCAGAACAAGCACGAGCGCGCACGUCGACAAGCCGCCACGGGGUCGACGAAUGCAGUCGAGGGAGCUCAGGCAGACUACGCCGCACCACGCAUCACCGCUGGUCCGGCAUCCUCUGCCUCGUCAGCGACGGGGGUGGGUGGACGAAGACGCAUCAGUCAAGCAGCGACACCUGUCGGGGCGGGGUCAAUGACUCCGUCGGGCUCAGCAGGGAGGUUCGGACUCGGCCUCUCAGCAGCCGCCACCAACGGGAGGGGCAACGGCAGCGUCUCAGCGCCUAACACGGCCUCGAGCAGCUUCUUUGGCAUUCACCUGCCCUCUGCUGCGGGGGCUACGGCGUCGGCUGCCACCGCUGGCCGUUCUGCCAGUCCGAAUGCGGCGAGAAGGCACGCUUCGGGUCAGCAGCCGGGAUCGAACACCGGGUCGAGGAACCCGAGUAAAGGCUCUGCCUUGCGUUGA